AUGGCAAAACUACAUCUGCGGCAAAGUGAGUGGGCCAACCUGCAAAUGCAUAACAAGCACAACACCUCAAUAGAACUGUGGGACGCAGCCCACAAGAAAAACACGAAAGGAGGUGGCACUGGCCAGACUCAGGGUCAACGCCACAAAUGUUUAUUGCGAGUGUAUUUGGUGGUGAUUUCUAUGUGCAUCACCCCCGCUGUGGCUGUGAAAAGGCUCGAUGAAUCAGAGUACAUCCAUGCUCUCGUCACCUCUCCAUCCACACCCACAACACAAACGGUUUCCGAACCUCUAAACCAGGUGGUGGCAGCGUGCCAAAAAUACACGAUAGCCGUCCACAUCCGGCGCGGCACUACCAACGCCUCGGAAGCGACCAACUACGAGAGGGUUCAUCUUACGGGCUACUUCGAGCGCUAUAACUGCCCGAGUGAAGACGGCGUCCUGGAUUUCAGCUGUAGCGAGGCGGAGGACUCUCUCUCGAUGAGCAACUGCAGCCGCAGCGGCGCCGGCGGCCUCUUCCAGAGCUCCUUGCUUCACUCGCAGCUGCCGCAGGAAUCGUCCACCAAGGUAGUGUUCGUCGCCAUCGGGAGGAUGGAGCGGCCGCAGCUGGUCAGGGAAAUGAUGAUCAUCGAGCCCAGCAAGACGGAGUUCACGUCCAGACACAGUUUAGAGUGGAAAUUCCUGUUCCUCGACCAUAGAGCGCCAACAAUCAUCGGCUAUCUACCCUUUGAAGUGUUAGGGACUUCAGGCUAUGAUUACUACCAUGUGGAAGACCUAGAGAAGGUGGCGUCAUGUCAUGAGCAAUUGAUGAAGACGGGCAAGGGGACGUCGUGUUACUAUCGGUUUCUGACAAAGGGACAGCAGUGGAUUUGGCUACAGACACAGUAUUACAUAACAUAUCACCAGUGGAAUUCAAAGCCCGAGUUUAUUGUCUGCACGAACACAGUUGUAAGUUAUAGCGAUGUCAAGGCUGAGUUGAUUAAAGAGGAGACAUCUAAGAGAAGUCCUUCUGAGCUGGAGAUCCACCCUGCAGAGGACAGCGGAGGGCUGGCCACCGCUGGGCCCUCUGGUGCGGGGCCCUCAGGAGUAGGGAUAGUGGUGGGGGGAGCUGCUGCUGCUACUCCCACCGCUGUUACAGUUUCUGGUCUUCAGGAGCAGCAGCAGAGUUUAUCCGAGGAUGAAGCUAGUCUACAACCGGCUACGACCCCGCAGCCAGGGCCCUCACACUUGCACCCUCAGAAUCUGCAGCAUCAGCCGCAACAUGUACUUCCUUCACAGCAGCAGCAACAACAAAACAUCCAGCAACAAGCUCUUCCUUCACAGCAGCAACAGCAGCAACAAACCCUCCAACAGCAACAACAGUCACAGCAGCAGCAGCAGCAACAACAGCAGCAACAGCAGCAGCAACAACAGCAGCAACAACAACAACAACAACAACAACAACAACAACAACAACAACAACAGCAGCAGCAGCAGCAGCAGCAGCAGCAGCAGCAGCAGCAGCAGCAGCAACAGCAACAGCAGCAGCAACAACAACAACAACAACAACAACAACAACAACAACAACAACAACAACAACAACAACAACAACAACAACAACAACAACAACAACAGCAACAACAGCAGCAACAACAACAACAACAACAACAACAACAACAACAACAACAACAACAACAACAACAACAGCAACAACAGCAGCAACAACAACAACAACAACAAGUCCAGCAUCGCAUAACCAUCCAAACUCAAGCCGUGCCCUUGCAGCGGCCCCCGCAGUCACCCCUUCCCUCGGCGUCCCAAGCGCCUCUCCCACAGCAAAUAGUUCCCCUACAGCAGGAGGGUACUGUUGUAAGACUUCAAGAGGCAGGGAGCAUCGCACAACCCAUGGGACCUGCUUCACCAGGCAGCCAGAACUCUUCAUACACACCAACGCAGAUACAACAGCAGCAUCUGCCUGCAAGAGGGGAACCCCCACCCUGGCCUGCGAAAACUAGAUCAGUUUCGGGGAACGGAGGACUAGAGACAAAUCAACCCAUGAAGAUUAAGAGUACGUCUAAGAACUGGGCUCAUUAUAGCAGAUCAAGUUUAAGAAAAGAUUCUAGUCAAUAUAGUGGUGAAGGAGGGUCAAGUAGUAAAAGAGCAAGGAUACAACAAACGUUACAACAACAGCAACAGCAACAGCAGAAACAACAACAACAGCAACAACAACAACAACAGCAACAGCAACAACAACAGCAGCAGCAACAGCAACAACAGCAGCAAGAACAGCAGUCGAUGAUAGAGGAGUUAGCACCUUCUCCAUGCUCAGACAUAUCAGGCACUUCCCAUACCUCAAGGGUGUCACAUGGCUCCAUGCAGCAGGAAACCAACUUACAUUUUGCAUCGAAGUCCAACAAUAAGGAAAGGUACUACCGCAAGAUAGAGCUGCCUCCUGAAUUGUCGCGGUCACUGUCUUCCUCGCGCCUUUCGGGCUCCUACGAAGAGGAGAAAAAGGAAGACCAGUUCAUGCAGAUGAUGGUUGCAUCUCCCACCGGCAGUGCCAGUUCUCACAACUCAGGGUCAACUUCAGGAGUGCGAGGGGGCAGAGGGUCCACAAGCAGCAUUAUGGGGGCAGGAUCAGCCUCAAGUAGUCGGCAGCCGUUACAGCAACAGCAACAGCAACAGCAGCAGCAGCAGCAACAGCAACCACAACAGCCUCAGCAGCAGCAAGGUGGAGGUUACAGCAACAUAGAUCUGCAGUACCUGAGUAAUAGUGGUGUAACCCAAAAUCCAGCAACGCCGGCAGUCAGUGGAACUGCAACUCAGGUAGUCCAGGUGGCGACUGUGCCCUUCUCUCCCGUCAUUCCCAUUAACCCCAUGGUAACCAACCUCUCCGUCCAGCUGCCUUCUGCAUCAACCACUGAGGGUCUUCGCCAGUCAUUGAUAUUAAGUCCUGAUCAGAGACAACUCCAGGAACAGCUCCGAAGAAAACAUGCGGAGCUUCAGCAACAGAUUUUGAGACAGCAAGAGGAACUGCGGCAAGUUAAUGAUCAACUCAUAAUGGCACAAUAUGGCAUGAGCUUACAAAAUAUAUAUAAGGGUGGAGUGCAGUAUACCCCUGCGAACUCAGUGGGCAACAAUGGAAGUUUCCAGAGCAGUGUGGCCGUGGGCUCAGGCGUGGGCAGUGUGAUAGGCAUGGGGACAGGUAGUCUUCCAGUGUCCACGGCACUGCAUCCUGGUGGCACUGUAACUCUGGCGACAGGCACUUUAGCGGGGACUUUAGCCACCCAGUCAUUUGUAACCAUGAGUACGCCCUCCUCUUUACAAUCACCUACAAAUACUGUUUCCACAAUUAACCCUGCACAAGUGAGUGUGCAGGGCAUUGGUACAGGGAUGGCGGUGCCCUACCAGUUGUCCCAACAACAGGCUCAAAUGCUGUUUGCUCAACCUGGUGGUACUGGCCAGCCUCACCAACAAUCACCACAGCACCAACCCAAGAAGUGAAAACACGGUGAUUUUUGCUCACCGCCUGACUCGCAGCAGCGCCAGUCCCGAGAGGCAGAGGCUAAGGCUCUCCUGCCGGGUGUUGUGAUGUCUGCACCUCACUUCUCUGUCCUUCUGCCACUUAGUGACACCAGCCUGAAGACGAGGGGAUCAAGGCCUGCCACAGCCCUGAGUCAACACUGGCUGCCAAAGGGCUUCCUGCUCCCGGCGACUCGUCUCUUCCCCCGUUCACACGCGAUCUACCAAAGAGUGCAUGAAUGGUUGCCCUUGUUAGGAAGGAGAAGAGAGGAAAGAAAAGCCAGAAACAUUUGCCUAAUAAGCCUAAAUUCUGAAUACGUGGAAGCCCUGAAAUGCUUCCUCUAGCCAGUCAGACAGAAAUAGGGACAUUUUUCAAUUCAGUCAGUUACAAUUGUGAAUUUAAUCUUUGAGAAGUGGUCUCCAUUGAAACUCUUUGACAAUCAUUAUGAAUUCAAUUUUGUGUUGUUUUGAUAUAUGGUAUUAUAAUCUAGGUAACUAUCACAAGCUUUAAGGAGAGAGAGAAUAGGGAUGAUAAUUAUGUGAAGUAUUUAUGAUAUUUCUCCUGAAAGUUUGUAAUAGGAAAUAACCUGACUAAAACUAUUCAUAUCAAAGCAAAAAAUCCUUAAGAGUAAGAAUCUUUUCUUAUUGAUCAGUUCUUCCUUUUUUACUUCAAGUAUUUCACAUGUUUCUUAGAAUGAAUUAGUAGCUGAAGUAUCCUUACAAAUUUCUAAUUUUCUGUAAAAAAAAGAAUUACCCCUUUCUUUAUUGAUACAUUGAAAAGUACCUGCUAGUGUAUUAUCUCAUGUAAAUAUACAUAUUUAUUAUUGAGAUAGAAGUAAUAUAUACAUGAUAUAUGUAACUGAUUUUCAUGUCUUCAUGUCUUUUUCUCUUUUGUACAUGUUAUUUCCUGCCUUCUACUGUAACUGACUGAUUGACUGAUGUAUUUAAUGAGGGAUGCCUCCUUUUUCUCUUUAUAUACACAGUAGUGAAAAAAGGAUAUAUGUAUAGUAAAUGGAUGGACUAUUAUCAUCAUAGACCUUGAAAAAUUUAUGAACUAUGAUCUCAACAUCUGGAUUAAAAAAAAAAAAAAAGUCGUACAAGGCACAGUGACUGAACCAGACAUCAUGGUGUUCUGAAUCUACAACAUUGGCUUUGAAGUUCCAGAAGCAACGACAAUCGCCAGGGUCCGUUCAUAGACGCGCGUGUGAUACAAGGGGAAUGGGGGGGGUGUUUGUCAUGGAGGGACUGGAGUCUCAUGGGAAGUGUGUUCCCUUGUGCCACAUUACUUGCUCAGUUUUAUAAUCACAAUCAAAACUCAUGAAACUUAGCCAAAUAAGGAUGCAAAAACAAUCUUAGUGCUGAGCUUACCUAUUGAUAGUAUAACUGUGUAUCCUUAAUAACAUGCAAAUUGUAAAUACAGAAGAGGACGAAUUUAUGUACAAGUGUAAAGAUAAUUAUAUAUAUAUAUUUUUGUCAUGCCUUAUAAGGUAUUGUUUUGAGAUGUGAUAGAUGUAUUAUGACUAUUGGUAUAUAUGAUAUAGGAGCAGUUGGAAAAAACGCUGCCAAUUUUUACGAACAUAGUAUCUAUGUUCGUGCGCCAGCCAGGAAGUUAUAUUGGCUAGAGCAGUAUAUGAACACAUGGACAAUAGAAAUUAUUUAUUUGAUAAGAGGGUACGCAGCUUAUCGUAUGUGAGUUUCAAAGAGAGAAAUAUUGUACAAGGCUAUAGAUUCUGUCCCACCCUCUCACAUCCAACAGGAAAAUGAAAAUAAAAUGGACCUUAUUCUUUCUGUCUUGUGUGUGCAGCUAUGAGUUUCUUUUAUUUAAUCUUUAUUUGUUAUUAUUAUUAUUAUUGAGAGAAGAAAAUAUUUGGUUUAUACUUUCUAUCCAUAGGGACAGUAACAUUUGACUAAGUUAUGAUCAUUGUUAUGUUUUAGUUGUUGUUGGCAAUUUUAUGAGUUUGAUGUAGCUGCUUAUCUUAUUAUUUUUUCUAUUAUUAUUAUUGCCUAUUAUUAUAACUACUGUUUUAACUAUUGAUACCAUUAUCACCACCAUCAUCAUUUCUAUUAUUGUAUUUUUAUUCUUAUCAUC